AUGUCGGAGGAGAGGAGGAGGGCAGAGGAAGUUCCUGUUCGGGCUCCCGCCUGGGGGGAGAGCGGCGCGGAGGAGCGCUCUGUGGUCUUCGCGGGGUCGGAGCAGCAGCGGCGGGAGAAUAUCAUUGGUGGAAAAGUCCGACAGAGAGGGAAAAGCAGAGAUUACAGCUCACAGGUGAUUAUGCAUGAGAGGACCGACACCGAGGAGAAGCCCAACCAGUGUUCUAGAGGGGGCAAAAGCUUUAGCAAGGAAGCGGCCCUGGUGAAUCACCAGAGAACUCAUACUGGGGAGAAGCCGUAUGAGUGUCCAGAUUGUGGGAAAAGUUUCAGUCAGAAUUCCCACCUGGUGAGACACCAGAGGACUCACACAGGAGAGAAACCAUAUGAGUGUCCCGAUUGUGGGAAAAGGUUCACUUGGAAUUCCGAACUGGUGAGACAUCAGAGGACUCACACUGGAGAGAAACCGUAUGAGUGUCCAGAUUGUGGGAAAAGUUUCACUCAGAAUUAUGACCUGGUGAAACACCAGAGGACUCACACAGGAGAGAAACCCUAUGAGUGUCCGGACUGUGGGAAACGUUUCAGUCGGAAUUCCGACCUGGUGAUACACAAGAGGACUCACACAGGAGAGAAACCGUAUGAGUGUCCGGAUUGUGGGAAAUGUUUCAGUCGGAAUACCCACCUGGUGAACCACCAGAGGACUCACACAGGAGAGAAACGCUAUGAGUGUCCGGAUUGUGGGAAAAGUUUAAGUGAGAAGUCCAGCCUGGUGAUACACCAGAGGACUCACACAGGAGAGAAACCGUAUGAGUGUCUGGACUGUGGGAAAAGUUUCAGUCGGAAUUCCCACUUGGUGACACACAAGAGGACUCACACAGGGUACAACCCUUAUGAGUGUCCAGAUUGUGGGAAGCGUUUCAGUCAGAAUUGUCACCUGGUGUUGCAUGAGAGGACUCACACAGGAGAAAAUCCGUAUGAGUGUCUGGAUUGUGGGAAAAGUUUUAGUUCGAAUUCCCGCCUGGUGAUACACCAGAGCACUCACACAGGAGAGAAACCUUAUGAGUGUCUGGAUUGUGGGAAAAGGUUCAGUGAGAAGUCCAGCCUGGUGAGACACCAGAGGUCUCACACAGGAGAGAAACCAUACGAGUGUCCUUAUUGUGGGAAGCGUUUCAGUCGUAAUUCUGACCUGGUGAUACACCAGAGGACUCACACGGGAGAGAAACCGUAUGAGUGUCCAGAAUGUGGGAAAUGUUUCUGUUGGAAGUCUAGCCUGGUGACACACCAGAGGACUCACACAGGAGAAAAACCAUAUGAGUGUCCGGAUUGUGGGAAAAGUUUCACUUCAAAUUCUCACCUGGUGAUACACCAGAGCACUCACACAGGAGAGAAACCUUAUGAGUGCCUGGAUUGUGGGAAAUGUUUCAGUCAGAAUUCCAACCUUCUGGCACACCGAAGGACUCAUACAGGAGAGAAACCGUAUGAGUGUCCAGAUUGUGGGAAAAGUUUCAGUGAGAAGUCCAGCCUGGUGAAACACCACAGCACUCACACAGGAGAGAAACCGUAUGGGUGUUUGGAUUGUGGGAAAAGUUUCAGUUCGAAUUCUGGACUGGUGAUACACCAGAGGACUCACACAGGAGAGAAACCGUAUGAGUGUCCGGAUUGUGGGAAAAGUUUCAAUUCGACUUCUGGACUGGUGAUACACCAGAGGACUCACACAGGAGAGAAACCAUAUGAGUGUCUGGAUUGUGGGAAAAGUUUCAGUUCAAAAUCUGACCUGGUGAAACAUCAGAGGACUCACACGGGAGAAAAAGUAUAUGAGUGUAUGGAUUGUGGAAAAAGUUUCCGUCGGAAGUCCAGUCUAAUAAUACACCAGAGGACUCACACAGGAGAAAAAGCAUAUGAGUGUACGGAUUGUGGAAAAAAUUUCCGUUGGAAGUGCAGCCUGGUGAUGCACCAGAGGACUCACACAGGAAAGAAACCAUAUGAUUGUCUGGAUUGUGGGAAAACUUUCAGUCGGAAUUCCCACCUUGUGUCACACCAGAGGACUCACACAGGGGAGAAACCAUAUGAGUGUCUAGAUUGUGGGAAAAGUUUCCGUUGGAAGUCCCAACUCGUGAUACACAAGAGGACACACACAGGGUACAAUCCUUAUGAGUGUUCGGAUUGUGGGAAAAGUUUCAGUCGGUAUUACUCCCUGGUGACACACCAGAGGACUCACACAGGAGAAAAACCAUAUGUGUGUCCAGAUUGUGGGAAAAGUUUCAUUUCGAAUUCCCACCUGGUGAUACACAAGAGAACUCACACAGGGUACAAUCCUUAUGAGUGUUCGGAUUGUGGGAAGCGUUUCAGUCAGAAUUCCAGCCUGGUGUCGCACCAGAGGACUCACACAGGAGAGAAGCCGACACACACUGGGGAGAAGCCGUAUGAGUGUCCCGAUUGUGGGAAAAAUUUCAGUUGGAAUUACAAACUGGUGAAACACCAGAGGACUCACACUGGAGAGAAACCUUAUGAGUGUCCCGAUUGUGGGAAAAGUUUCAGCUGGAAAUCCGACUUGGCGAUACACCAGAGGACUCACACCGGAGAGAAACCGUAUGAGUGUCUGGAUUGUGGGAAAAGUUUCAGUUGGAAUUACAAACUGGUGAAACACCAGAGAACUCACACUGGAGAGAAACCUUAUGAGUGUCUAGAUUGUGGGAAAUGUUUCCGUUGGAAGUCUAGCCUGGUGACACACCAGAGGACUCACACAGAGGAAAAACCAUAUGAGUGUCCGGAUUGUGGGAAAAGUUUCACUUCGAAUUCCCACCUGGUGAGACACCAGAGCACUCACACAGGAGAGAAACCAUAUGAGUGUCCGGAUUGUGGGAAAUAUUUCAGUCAGAAUUCCAACCUUGUGGCACACCGGAGGACUCACACAGGAGAGAAACCAUAUGAGUGUCUGGAUUGUGGGAAAAGUUUCAAUUCAAAUUCCCAACUGGUGAUACACCAGAGGACUCACACAGGAGAGAAACCCUAUGAGUGUCUGGAUUGUGGGAAAAAUUUCAAUUCGAAUUCCCACCUCAUUACACACCAGAGGAUUCACACAGGAGAGAAACCGUAUGAGUGUCUGAAUUGUGGGAAAAGUUUUAUUCGGAAUUCCUACCUGGUGAGUCACCAGAGGACUCACACAGGAGAGAAACCCUAUGAGUGUCUGGAUUGUGGGAAAAGUUUCAUUCGGAAUUCCCACCUGGUGAUACACCAGAGGACUCACACAGGAGAGAAACCGUAUGAGUGUCCAGAUUGUGGAAAAAGUUUCAUUCGGAAUUCCCACCUUGUGAUACACCAGAGGACUCACACAGGAGAGAAACCCUAUGAGUGUCUGGCUUGUGGGAAAAGUUUCAGUUCGAAUUCCGGACUGGUGAUACACCAGAGGACUCACACAGGAGAGAAACCAUACGAGUGUCUGGAUUGUGGGAAAAGUUUCAGUUCGAAUUCUGGACUGGUCAGACACCAGAGGACUCACACAGGAGAGAAACCGUAUGAAUGUCUGGAUUGUGGGAAAAGUUUCAAUUUUAAUUCCCAGCUAGUGAUACACCAGAGGACUUACACAGGCGAGAAACCGUAUGAGUGUCCAGAUUGUGGGAAAAGUUUCCGUUGGAAGUCCAGCCUGGUGAUACACCAGAGGACUCACACAGGAAAGAAACCGUAUGAGUGUCCGGAUUGUGGGAACAGUUUCAAUCGGAAUUGCCAGCUGGUGUCACACCAGAGGACUCACACCGGAGAGAAACCCUAUGAGUGUCUGGAUUGUCGGAAAAGUUUCCGUUGGAAGUCCCAACUGGUGAUACACCAGAGCACUCACACAGGGUACAAUCCUUAUGAAUGUCCAGAUUGUGGGAAAAGUUUCAGUCGCUUUUACUCCCUGGUGACACACCAGAGGACUCACACAGGAGAGAAACCAUAUGAGUGUCUGUAUUGUGGGAAAAGUUUCAGUUGGAAUUCCCAACUGGUGAUACACAAGAGGACUCACACAGGGUACAAUCCUUAUGAGUGUCCAGAUUGUGGGAAGUGUUUCAAUCAGAAUUUUCACCUGGUGUCGCACCAGCGGACUCACACAGGAGAGAAGCCGUAUGAGUGUCCGGAUUGUGGGAAGGAUUUCAGUCUUAAGUCUAGCCUUAUGAAUCAUGUAGUUUUACACAUAGGAGAGAAACCCUUCAAGUGCCCAGACUGCGGAGAGUGCUUCACAAGAAAGUUCUCCCUUUGCAGACACAAGAAAAUCCACAAGGGGCAGAAGGUGAUGAGUGUAGAGAAGGAAGUUUCAGACGGAAAGGCUCUUCUGCCUUGCAGUUGA